CUACAAGCUCUCACGUUUUGCACCAUAUUUACCUUCAUAGGAAACUCUUCUCAGUGGAUUGUCCACAAACAUUUCUAAGAUGCAUGCUUAGCUCAGUUCAUAAAUAGCCUUACCACUUCCUCAUAUGGCACAUUUAGCAAAAUGGAGCUUGUCGUACUUCUCUGUGCCGUUUCUCUGCUGCAUUCAUGUGAAGCACAAGAGCGCAGUGCUGUGACUCCUUUGUUUGUGAAGAAGGGAGAGGAUGUGCUUCUGAAUGUCACAAUAGCUGAUGAUACUACGAACGAUACUGUUACCUGGAAAUUCAAUAAAACAGAUAAUUUAGUACGAUUUAUACCUGGUAUAGGACCAAAAGUCUCUAAUGAUUACUCUGGAAGGAUUGAGGUGCUUGAGAACUACUCUGUGAAAUUGAAGAAUCUACAAGAGGCAGACAGUGGAGUUUAUACUGUAGUAGUGUCUGGGGAUAAAGAAAAACAAAUAACUGCAUGCAAGAUCACAGUCCAAGGUGAGUUUAUUAACAAUCAGACACUGAUGGAGAGUUUCUGCUGCCAUGUUUCUAAAACCUCUCCACCUGCCUCUCCCCCCUCAGAUCCAGUGUCUCCAGUUAAUCUGACAGUGGACUCUGUGUCUAACAGAUCAGACUGGUGUAACCUGACAGUGAGCUGCAGAGCACAGGACUCUCACAUUAACAGCACCUUUAGAUGUCUCAACCACACCUGCAGUCAGGAGGGAGGAGAGAGAUCACAGGUCACACCCUCUGCUGCUGAUCUCCAUGUCUACCUGUCCAAUCACUCCAUCAUCUGUAAACAUAGCAACCAGGUCAGCUGGUCCGAGGAUAUCAAAGUAAUUAAACAUUUCUGCCUGCGACUUGCUGAGUCUGAACCCACAACCAAUGUUACUGCCCUUAUGAUUGGUGUUAUCGGCAUAGUUUUAAUUUGCAUCUCAAUUAUUGCAGCAGUUCAAUAUUUUCGAAAGAGAGAAAAGAAUGAAACAGAAAGCAGGGAGAAUACAGUAUAUGAAGUUCCUCAGGUCAGACCUUUACCUCAGAGUGGGCGUGAAGUUAUAGGUCUUUCUCCAACCUCCACCUACUGCUUGGUAGGGCCUCACACUGGAUCUGUGGAUUCCAGUACAACAAGAGGCAUGACUCUGCCAGAGAGUCUGUAUGCUCAGGUGAAUAAACCUGCCGGGUCCUUAAACAAGUAAUCAGCAUGGUGUUCUACAUAUGCACUGGCAGCAAUUUACAGUUUUUAUUUAAGUGUUGCCCAUGCUUUCGAUGUUUAAGUUUAUGUGACCUGCUCUGGAACGGAAAAAUGCCUUUUGGAGUGUACCUUAACAAAAAAUUGUAGAUAGUUACUAAAGAAUGAAUGAGGAACUAAUGGUUAGUCAGUGAGUAGUUACUGUUAUGUUUGGUUAAUAUUAAUGUGUGUGUGUGUGUGUGUGUUUGUGUUUGUUAUUUGUGGUAUUAUCAAGCGUGCGUGCAUGCUUGCAUGUAUGUAUUGUUACGAACGCGCUAAAAUAACCGCAAUAAAAACUCAUCUAAGUGAAUGAAGCGAUUGUUAGAAAAUGUAGAUAUUCUUGUGUGUCUCAA